AAAUCUCUCUCUCUCUCUCUCUCUCUCUCUCUCUCUCUCUCAGGCAAGCUCUUUGGAAGUCUUCCCCCCCUCUCUCAUCACCAAAGGCAAGAUAUAUUUUUUAGGGUUUGGUUUCCGCCAUCUCUCUCUAAAGCAGGAAGCUGUCUGCUUUGCAUAUUUCAAACCAAGUUCAGAUGGAUCCUUUGAUUGUUAAGCUUCUUGAGGAUGAUGAGGAUGAGAACAUACAUUCUGGAAAGGAUGUGGAGGCAUUAACAGCUGCCUUAAACAGAGAUAUUGGAGGAGAGUCAGGAGACACGUCUAUUUCUCAGUCUGUUGAUCUAGAUGCUGGAGUAUCGUCCCAUGGAAGCAAUUCAUUGCGGAAUCAAUUACUUGGACAAACUCAAACUUCCAGUCAAGAAGAUCUUACACGCCAAGAUCAACAAGAAAAAGAACAUCAUCCACAGCCACAUGAGCAACUUUCAUCUGGAAUGGAGCUACUACUGCGUGGAUCUAGAGUUGAGACUCAGCACAAACAAGAUGGCCAUCCACUGGAAACUGAUAAGCUGCUAGUGCAGCAUAACCAGUCUGAAGAUGACCGGCAACAUCAACAGCCAGAGCAAAAUACACUUCAGCUAUCUGAAAACAAGCAGGCCACUCAGAUUUCUGAAAAAAAUCCUGGUCAGCAUUCAGAAGAGGAUAUUCAAAAGUUUCAGAACUCCGAAAGCCAACAACAACAAUCAAAAGUACAGCAGUUGGAUAAUCAAAACACACCAGCAGCAGACCAAGCACAUAAACCAAUGGCGGGGAAUAAAUCAAAUUGUAACAUACCUGUUCACAAGUUGAUUCCAAUUUUUUGUCCUCAUCUUGAUAAAGAUAGACAAAUGCAGCUUCAGGAUAGUUUUGCUAGAUUGAGGAAAAAUGAAAUUGGCAGAGACGACUUUCUGAGGACUUUGAGAAAUAUUGUGGGGAACGAGUUGCUCAUGUCUGCACUUCAGAAGUUACAGCAGCAGGAGCAUCAGGUUCGAGCUCAAGUUCAGGCUGCACGAAACUCGCAGACAAGUCCUGGUCAAUAUCCGCUACAGUCUCAAGCUUCAUCCCAGCAGCUUACCAUGCCAUCUAAUCCUGCUCAACAGUUAACUGAAGACAAAACAGUUUCACAACUUCAUCCAUCGAUCCAACAUCAGAAAGGAUCCGGAUCUCCUGCACAUCUGUCUUAUAUUCCAUCUUCGACAGUUGAAAUGCAGAAGGAUGCAUGCAUGCCAACCUCACAAAACAGUGCUCAGAAGCCCAGGGAGACGGAACAUCAGUCUGAUGUGCAGGUUAGCCACACUCCAUCCUCUGCAAACACUAUUGCAGGUAAUCAAGAAACGGAACCUUCUAUGGUCUCAGUUCAGACAGUUACCAAGCAACAACAGCUUCCUCGUCCAAUGAUUUCUUGGUAUCGGGAUCCAGCUAGUAAUUAUAGUACACAUCCAUAUCCUGGGCCUUCCGUUAGUGUUGCUGCAGCUUCUACUAAAUCCCAAACUCAAGGUCCACAAAUAAGGCAAGUUCUGCAUCCCCAAGGCAUGGCUUCAAUUCAACGCGCUGCAUCUCAGCCCAAGAACCAAACCAAUGUGCGCCGGUAUGAGCUAAGAAGUGCAAUGAAUGAAGCCAAGAAGGUGCAUGGUGGAUCUCCUCCUAACCUGACAAGUAAUUCAUCACUAGAUCCUAAUGCAUGUCAAUCAUCAUCAAAUAAAGACCAGACAAGUAGCAGUUCAUCACCGACGACUUUUCCGAAACAGGAACUGGUUGAUCAGAUGGCUAAACAACAGCUCAUGCCUCCAUUAUCAGCUCCACAGAGCUCCUCUUCUUUUGGGGCAAUACACAUUGGCCGAGGAAACCCAGCUCUUGGUCCUUUGAGGGAUGAUUCCAUUGAGAAGCAAUCAGCUAGAAUGGGCUUUCCUACCCCUAUGAACAUGAUGACCAGACAUCAAAAUUCAGGUCCUGUUUCAACACAACCAGAACAUAUGAUGCAGAUGAGGUCUCAAAACCCAUCUGCAACCACACCAGUUGGGACUGGAACUAAUGUGAGGACACCGUCUAAGAAACCAUCUGUUGGUCAGAAGAAACCACUUGAAACACUUGGCACUCCCUCACCACAGUCCAGUAAAAAGCAAAAGGUAUCAGGGGCGCCUGUAGAUGAAAGCAUUGAACAUCUCAAUGAUGUUACUUCUGUCAGUGGAGUUAAUAUAAGAGAAGAGGAAGAGCAGCUACUUUCUGCACUGAAGGAGGAAAGCCAUGCUUCAGAAGCAAAUCGAAGGGUUGUACAAGAGGAAGAAGAAAGGCUGAUUCUGCAGAAGGUCCCUCUUCAGAAGAAAAUAUCAGAAAUCAUGUCUAAAUGUGGGAUAAAGAAUAUGAGGAAUGACGUGGAGCGUUGCCUCUCAAUGUGUGUUGAGGAACGAAUGCGUGGGUUGAUAAAUAACCUUAUAAGACUAUCGAAACAGAGGGUUGACAUUGAAAAGCCAAGGCACUCGAUUUUUAUAACUUCAGAUGUUCGAAGCCAAAUUUUAAUGAUGAACAGGAAGGCCAAGGAGGAGUGGGACAAAAAGCAAGCUGAGGAGGCUGAAAAGCUCCGGAAAAACAAUGAAACUGAGGGAAACACAGGAGCUGAUGUGGACAAGGACAAGGAUGAAGGUCGUGUAAAGGCUCCCAAGGCAAACAAGGAAGAAGAUGAUAAAAUGCGAACAACGGCUGCAAACGUUGCUGCACGAGCUGCUGUUGGAGGGGAUGACAUGCUAUCAAAAUGGCAACUCAUGGCUGAGCAAGCUCGGAAGAAGCGCGAAGGGGGGCAGGAUGGGGCAUCUGGUGCACCAGGGAAAGAUACAAACCCCCGCAGGCCUUUGCAGAUAUAUGGAAAAACCAGCAGGGACAACCAAGAAGCUGAACACAGAGUUCCCUCUUUGGCUGCUACUGCAUGUGGGGCUACAAAAAAAUUCGGGUGGAACCAACCAAUCAUGUCUCAGGCAAAAAUCAUGCGUACCAUUUCAGUUAAGGACGUGAUCGCAGUCUUAGAAAGGGAGCCACAGAUGGCAAAGUCGACUUUAAUCUAUCGCUUGUAUGAGAGAAUGCAUGCUGAUGCUGCAGCAGAAUAGUCAGGUAAAUUGGCAGCGGUGCAUGAGGUAUGCAAUUUUUCAGCCCAUGGUCACCAAUCUUACAACACUCAUGGUCAGGCCGUUUCUUUCCUUUAUUAUAACUGGAGUGUCUGUAGGGCUGUGUCAAUAUCUAUCCUUGUUAAAUUCUCUGAUCGCCAUCUCUUACUACAAUAAUCAAUUGUGUUCUCGCCAUUCCGACAACAACGAACAUCUCUUCCGGAAGGUGCUUGUUUGAAUUCUUGAGCUUUGAGUGGCUAUUCAUUCACCUGAAUACACAUGCGUAGUAUGCUUUGGAGAUCACGUUUUAUCUACGAGGCCCGUGGUUCGGUAAUCCACUGACACCAAGGUGGAUGGGCCAUGUCCAAAAUACCUCCUUGAUGUGAUCCUCAUAGGCCUUUAAUUACAGCAACAGCGCACAUUUUCAACUAUGGCAUUUUUAUUUUUUUUUGCUGGCAUGGCCCAUCCACACUGGAUAUUAUUUCCUGGCAUGUGUUUUAUGCAUCCAACUGGAAAUAAAUAUACUGGGGUUUUCCGGGCUAAGAUUUUCUGAUGUAGCGGGUGAGGGGGGAUUUUGGGACCCAAGACUGUCGAUGAUGGGGUGGGGCCAAUUUGUCAAAAGAUGCAAAGAGAGAGAACUUGAUAUUACUACCCAAUAAAAUUGCUACUUCCAAGUUCCAAUCUCAAAGCCAGCAUUGCUUCCACAAGAUUCUGAGAAGCGCAUUUUCUCCCUUGUUUCGUAAUAUCUCAACUUGUUGCCUGAGGCAAAGCCUUUCUUUGGCUUGUAUGUUAUGAGUCAGAAUCCUUUUCUUCACUAUUACUGAAAAAGAUGAUUGAAAUUCAUGGGCCUGUGAUUAGCCAGACUCCUUGUUUGAUGUGUUCUAAUUUAUCAGUGAUAACCUGGAUUGCAGUUGGUUUGUCUUAA